AUGCAGCGCCGGCGAGGGAGACGGAGAUUGCUCAUAUACGCUGCACUGAUAGUCGCAUACCUUAAUCAUGCACAUGCGCAAACCAGCACGCUUUCAAUCGAUCUGCCAUCGCUCACAAAAUUCAAUGUCAGCUCGGGCGAUGCAGCUUACUUUUACGUGCCGGCCGUGGCCGAUCAGCCCAGCACGAGCUCUGCCAAGUUGCCUUACUUUGUGACGCUGAGUAUAUGUCGCGCUCCGGCAGCAGUGAUGACCUCUGCAUACAACCUCACGGGCAUACUCGCAACGUCAUCUGUUCUCGUUGCUGCAACGCAAAUGACCGCUGCAGCCCAGCAAGCCGAAGACGGUCGAGGCGUCGUCUCCGCUGCACCGCUUGGCUUUGCGAACAUGACUGUGGUUCAGCCGGGCACGAACAAUGUUGGCUUGUGGCUGACUGUGAACGCGCCUUAUGUGAAUGACACGACUACGACGAGCUGGGGCUUCGAGCUAGGCGUAUCGACCAGCGAGCCCUUGCAUCUACUCGAUCGCUAUGCAGCUUUCCAGUAUGCCGACUCAGACAAUGUCAGUGCAAUCAUGACGACGCCAACUUAUUACCCCUCGACAGAUGGUACGCCAAGCUAUGAGCUUAUCCUCUUGCCAAGCACACAAGCACCCAACCCAGCAUUGGCACAUUCGGCAUGCUAUCUUCGAUCUGUAGCUGCUUCUGUGAAUAAUGCGAGCGACAUCCAAGUCUCUCUGGGGAGUACGACGCGCGGUGUGGUCACGAUGACGGCCAGAGAAGGCGCUCAAGGGCUCAAUCUUCGGACGGACGGCACAAAGACGCAGUAUAAUCUUGCUGGCCUUGCGCCGGAAACCAAUUACACCAUUGUCGGACUGCAAUCGACAGAUCAGGUUGUCAACGGUACUUCAGGCGUCAGACUGUUCCAGACUCAGUAUUUCCAGACCAAGCAAGGAAACAACUGUCGCUUGGUGGACAGUCCUCCGUUCUGUCCCGCUGUGGCAUAUGCUGUGCCGGCACCUCCGACGCUACCGACCUCGGACCUGCUCACAAUCUACGAGAGCAAUCUCAAUGCCUCCCUGGCGGGCUUCCAAUCGACCUUGAGCACCUUCUCUUGCAACAUCAGCUCGCAAGGCAUGUACUCUUUCGUGCGGAAUUGCGACGAUUGCUUGCUCGCCUAUCGAAAUUGGCUCUGCAGUACGACGAUGCCCCGAUGCACAGAUAUCCCUGCCGACCUCUUACCCCAGGCUGUGAGCAAUACGAGCGAGGGUCAGAUCGGUCAGAUCACGUUUCAGACAAGCUAUGUCGAUGGCGUGACAUACAGUGAUGCGCCAAUACCCGAGACGGCGCAGCCCUACAUCAUCAGGACUACCCCGACGAUCUCCAGAACGCCAUUCCUGUCUGCAGCAGCUUUGGCCAAUCUUACGGAUACGAACGAUACGCUGCAAGGAUUCGAUCUCGUUCAGCCUUUUCCUUAUGGCGAGGUCUUACCCUGUCUGUCGGUCUGUGAGCUAGUGCAAGCCAGCUGCCCGUUUCCGCUCUUUGGUUGGACAUGUCCAUUACCCGGCAUUACCGCCGAAGGGAGCUAUGGCGCCAUGCAAGCUCUGCCCGCUCCUCAACGAGCCGGUGGCGAUGCACGGUCGACUCUCAUGCAAGCUGACGAUAGAUACGGCAAUGUGUACUGCAACUCGUUAGAUGUCAACGUCUUGCUUGCCAAACGAUCAUCCUCUCCGAACCUCGCAGCAAGUCUCACAUUGCUCAUGACCUGCUUUGCACUUUCAUUGAUGUUGUAG